AUGCCCCUCUACGCCUUCGGCUCCAACGGCUCAGGCCAGCUCGGUAUCGGCCACAUUGAAGACGUCUCCACGCCCACCAAGUGUCUCUUCGAGGAUACCUCUCCCCCAUUACCAGCAUCAGAGAUUACCCGCAUCGCAGCAGGCGGAAACCACACCUUGAUAUUGUUCUCCGAUGGACGGGUCUACGCGACGGGGAUGAAUGAGGAUGGGAGAUGCGGUAGUCUUCCUGGGGUUGAUGAUGCGGUGACGAGGUUUCGGCAGGUGGUUGUGGAUGGUGUGGAGCGGUUUAGGGAUGUUUCGGCUACAUGGGAGGCGUCGUUUUUGGUCUCCGGGGAGGGGAGGAGGGUGUUUGUUUUGGGAUCAGGGGGAAGGGGGAGUUGGGGCUUGGAGGGGGGGUUGUUUGUGGUGGGCAUUGCCAGUGGGAUGGGACAUACGGUUGUGGUGCUGGAGAAUGGGGAGGUGUAUGGAUGGGGAGCUGCGAGGAAGGGGCAGUUGGGGCAGGCGAGGAAGGGGGAUAAGGUGGUUUGGGAGCUUGUGAGGAUUGAGGAGGUUGGGUUUCGAGCGACGGGGGCGGCGUGUGGGAGAGAGUUUACGGUGGUGGUUGGGGAUAGAGAAAAAGGGGAGUUUGUUGUACUUGGGUCCGCGGAUGAUAGGUGGGGUGUUUUGGUGGGGAGUUCUAUUCCUGCACCCGUGGGGUGUCGGAGUAUAGAGGCUAGUUGGCAUGGGGUUUAUGUACAUCGUCAGGAUGGGGAGUUGCCGCCGCGGGAGAUGGGGAGGGUGAUGGAUCUGGCGGUGGGAAGUGAGCAUGUGCUUGCGACGGUUGAUGAGCGUACAGUUGUCGCUUGUGGAUGGGGGGAGCAUGGCAAUUGUGGGCCGGUCACGGACGCCCAAGGUAAUGUGAAGGGGAUAUGCAGCCCGAUUUCUUUGCCGGAAGAGGCGUUGGAUGUGGUUGGUAUCGGCGCGGGUUGUGCGACUAGCUGGGUGAUCACUCGUGAUUGA